UGGUGCAGUCAUUACAGAAUCCUGAGUUGGUGGAAAUGUUGGGGGUCUAUCUUCUCUCUGUGACAUAUUUACAGAUACUAUCGGGGAUCGUGGCCGAAAUCUCAUGCCGAAAUGAAGCAGGACAAGCUGUGGACUGGUUUGUUCUUUAUAAGUUACCGAAGUAUAACAUUAAUGAGAGCGCCGGAUCCGGACUGAACUAUCUGUAUCUGGAUUCAAUGUCUGAAGGAUGGCAGCCAGGCAGGUCCCUUAUCAAUAUGACAGAGAGCGCAGUAGGACGGGUAUUGGAGCAACUCUACCGAACGUACCGGACAAAUAGUGCUGUAUAUAUGAUGUAUAACGACGCUCCACCCAGCAUGAAAAACUAUACUACUAAACUUGGACAUAGUAAAGGAAUCUUGCUAUUUGACAAAUCCCAGGGAUUCUGGCUAAUUCACAGUGUCCCCCGUUUCCCACCAUUCCCAGAGGAUGGAUAUGGAUAUCCUUCUACAGGUCAACUGUACGGACAGAGUGCCAUCUGUGUCACCUACAAAUACCAGCAGUUUAAAGAAAUCGCCAUCCAGAUGUUCUCCUACAACCCAAAUGUCUAUAACUGCUCCAUUCCUGGGGAAUACUGGGAUGACCUAUGGAGUCUACAGAAAAUAUGUCUUGGAAGCCACUUUCCCUGGGUGGAACCAACUCAUCUCAUCACAUUGGAGUCAGCUAAUGGAGAUACCUUCCUCAGCUUUGCCAAAUCCAAGUAUUUUGUUGAUGAUAUAUUUACAGGCUGGAUAGCACAGACGCUGGGCACAGAUAUUCUGACAGAGACGUGGCAGCCGAGAGGGGACGAGUUGCCAUCGAACUGUUCCCUAGCACACCAUGUGUUUAAUAUAAAGAGACUCACAUUACCGAGCCAUUCUUCCUUCUACUCAAGUCACGAUCACUCCAAGUGGUGCGUUUCCAGAUUAGCCACAGCCCCAUGGACAUGCAUUGGGGACCUAAACCGAAAUCCUAGCCAGAUCUGGAGGAGCGGGGGAUUCAUCUGUACACAAAACAAAUUCAUAUACAAUGCCUUUAGUAGGAUGGUGUCCUAUUAUAAAGCGUGUAUCCCCUUGUAGAAGUAGGUUUUUAUAUCAUAUAGUUAUAAUACAUGGAAAACUAAUAUAAAGAAACUAUAAUGCAGGUUGCGUUUAUAUUACACACGCUAACCAUUUCACACUAACAGGUUAUAGAAAAAAAAUAUAGGGUAUGUAAAAGGCUUAGUGUGCAUGUUGUGUGUUAGCGUAAGUGUGAGGGCCACUUUAACAGGGGGACUGUCAGUUCUUGUUUUACUUUCCCUAUACUUAACAAAUAUGUAAUUUGUGAGGUUUGAAAAAUAAAGGUACAUGUAAAAAUCCA